GUGACUUCAGCGACAAGUAUGGACAAAAUAUAAAAUAGAAAAGCGAUAGGGUACCUAAAACCAUAAAUUUAUCUUAUCGGAAACAUGGCAUCCGAAUCAAGAUAUUUCCGGUAACGUAAUUCCGUUUAAUGUCCGAUUAAAGAGAGAGAGAGAGAUAGAUAGAUAGAUAGAUAGAGAGAGAGAGAGAGAGAGAGAGAGAAUAUUGAAAAUAAAACGAAAAAAAAGAAGAAAAACCAGAAAGGAAGAGAAGAGAAAGAAAUCAGAAAAAGUUAAAAUGAACGCAUUCUCUGAAAAUCCAUUUUAUUUCUUUAUGGAUAAUGCUCAUCCAAUAUUCCCUAUGGAUGUUUAUCAAGAUGUCGGAAAAAUAGUCGAAUUAUCGGACACCGGAUGUGACGCAAUAUCUCCUUCGUCUUCGAUUCAACAGAAAAAAGAUCAAAAUCAAUCAUAUUGCGAAAGGAAGACACCCCGUUGUGAUCCCGUAUCGAAAAAUAUUCGGAAAGUAUUCGAUGAGAAACAAGAAACAAAUCGGGAAGAAUUCCAGAAAAAAAGUAAUACCAGAGGCAAUGUAUCAUCGACAAACAAAACAUCAUCGAGAAAAAUAAAAACGAAAGAAUUUUUAGAGGAAAGAUCUAAUACUAUGAAUCGAGAGAUUAAUGAAAAAAUUGAACAAUGGGAACGAAAUAUCGCUGAUUUUGAAAAUACUCUUCUAAGGAGCCAAGAUCAUAUGGAUGAUCUGUCAUCGAACGAGAAAGUUAUUGUUGAUUCUGAUUUAUCAAAUUAUUUCCUUAAAAAGGCAAUUAAUCGGAAAAACAAAAGGGAAGAAAAUGAGACUCGAAAAAAAGUUUUUGAUUCGUACAAAAAUUCAAAUGAAUCGACAUCUACAACAAGAUUAUCUCAUUCGCCUGAUGGCUUGAAUUAUUUAAAAAAUGAUAAUAAUAAAAGAAAACGAAGAAUACCUUCGACAACACGUUCACCACAAAAAAAGAAAGAAAAUUUCUCGACGAAACCUGCAUUCAAUGAUAUCACAGAUGAUAUCAAGAUAAGAACAGAUUUUUCAUUCGUAAAUAAUAAUAACGAAAGUAAUAACGAAAUGUUGAAAGAUCUUAAUGAAAAAAUAAAAAAAUCGAUCGAUCGCGCAGUGGACAUAGACAGUAUUUCGGAUAUGUUCGAUAAUUUUAAUGAAAAUAUAAAAAAUAAAUUCGAAAAUAUUAAUCAAGAAAAAAAUGAUUUUACUUUGAAUAAACAGGAAAAUGUCGAAAGUUUGAAAGAAAAUUUUAAUCAUCAAGAUGUUAAUCGCGAAACAAAUAACAAAACUGAAAGGAGAUCUGACAGAAGAAAGGGCAAUUCAAAAAGUGCCGAUCGUGAUAGAAUGAAUUAUCGUGACAAUAUGGCGAAACGUUACGUUAAUAAAAAUUCAAUAAAAUUGGAUGAAAAUAAUUUGGCAGCUAAGAAAAAUCAAGGUAAUAAAUGUUUUAUCGAAAAGGAGAAUUUCAAUAAUGAAAAUAAUAAAACGAAGUCGAGAGUUCUUCCAAAAAGUGCUGGUUCAUAUUCACAACGAAAAGAAAAUAUUCAAAAGGAAAACAUUGAAUCGAAAAUGGAAAUAAACACGGUGUUCUCUUUCGACGAUGAUAAUUCCGACGCGUCGAAAAAAUUGAAAAAGAAUAUCAAUGAAAGAUCACCGAUUAAAAAUAUUUCUGGAUAUUCUUUAUCAAGAUCUGUUAGAAAAGAAAAGGAAAAUGACAAGGCGGAUAUUCAAAGAAAAGAUUUAGAAAAAGUAGGCGCUAUUUUUAUUUCCUCGGUUAUGAAACAAUCUAAAAGAUGGUCGAAUUCGCAGACGACCAAUAACGAAGGUAAAAAUUCGAAAAGCAAUAACGACCUAAAAGAUAAACUUUAUCAAUUAGAGAAAAACAAGAUCGAGGAAGUUAACAGUGAUCGAACGUCAUCUUUUUCAAAAAUUCAUUCGACGAUUUCAAAUCUUUUAAAAUUAUCCAAUAAAACAGAAAAAUCGAUGAGAUCGAGAAUACCAAUCGCGAUUUCUCGAUUGAAAAAGGAAUUAGGAGAUAAUUUCAAUAAUUCCAAAUUAGAAGAUCGAAGAAGAUCGAGAUCGAAAGUGGUCAUUAGAGAAACUAAUCGACUGAAAGAUAACAAAAUCGAUGAAUCAACGUCGACUGCUCUAAUUUUGGUCGAUAAGUCGGAUUGCACGAGAGAUGAUGAUAAUGAAAAAAAUAAUCGAGAAAAAUCUACAUCAGAUUUGUCGAAUAGAAAAUUCGAAAGAGUUUGUAAAAAGAAAAUGGAUGUUGAAACGAAAGUUUUCAAAAUGGCAAAAGCUGAAAAAGAGGAAAGGAGAAAAGAAUUUGAGAAAUGCGGUUUACGUGAACCAGUGAAAAAAUCGAAAAACGGAUCUCAGGAAAUAGUCGAUAUCGCUGUAACGAUACUUGAAAGGAAAUCGAAAGAAGUAAAAACAGAUUCGAAUUCCGACGGCAGACAUCUUGAAAACGUUCACGCGAAUCACGAGGAAGUUUAUUCGAAACCUUAUUCUUUGAGAAGCGACCACAUCAGGAAUCUCCCACUGUGUCGAGAAUACGUGUCGUAUUAUGUAGCAUGAAAUACACGAGGGUGGUGAAUGAGAGCAGGGGUUAACAUGCGGGUGAAGACUAUGCUGUGACAGCGACGUAACAGAAAAGAGGGUUGCGCACGCUACGUUGAUGACAUAAUUGGUAUCAUUCUGCUCCUUCUUUUGAGGUAACACAACAUUCAGCUUCUACUAUCAUCCAUAUGUAGGCAUACUAAUUCAUACACCACUUUUUUUAUCGUUUCAUUGAUCGAAAAAAGAAAAAAGAAAAAAGAAAAAGAAAACGAAGAGGAAAAUGAUGAAUAAUGACGAACAUUAGAAUUUUUUUUUUUAAUUGGAAUAUUCUUACGACAAUAUGUCGCAUUUAACUUUUAUGCAUAUUUUAGUGUGUCCUUAAAAAAUUUCUAUGC